CUCCACGGCAUGUGGGAUCUUCCCGGACCGGGGCACAAACCUGUGUCCCCUGCAUCAGCAGGGGGACUCUCAACCACUGCGCCACCAGGGAAGCCCCCAGUUCUCUUUUAUUUUUUGAAACUUUCUCUCUUUUCACUUUCUGUUUCUUUUAAGGCAUUAUCUGCUGUAUUAAUUUGCUCUUAUUGUUCUUCUAAUUUAUUCUUCGUUUAUGAAAUGUGGUUGUUAUUGUUUCUUGUCUGACUCCUGUGUUCUGUUAUCUCCUUUCUGAGUUUCUCUGAUUCUGUUUUGUGUUCUUCCAUGUCUUAUAUCAUUUUAAAAUGUCUUUUAUAAUCCAUUUUGAAGUAGUAGUUUACAGUUUCAAUCUGUUCACAGAUAUGUUUUUAGCAUGCGUUUUCUGACUCAUUCAGUUGAUUGCUUAGCUUAUUAAUUUCUAUCCUUCCUUAUUUUCUGUUAUAAAUAUUUAAAGCUAUAUGCUUAACUACAUCUCAUAAAUUUUUAUUUGUGUUAUAUUUUUGAUCAUUCAGUUUUAGAGAUUUACUAACUUCCAUCAUAAUUCUUUCUUUGAUCCAUGAGUCAUUUUAUUUUAUUUUCCAAUAUGUGAUUUUUGAGUCUCCUGUCUUUUUGUUUGAAGUAUAGUUGAUUUACAAUGAUGUGUUAGUUUCAAGUGUACAGCACAGUGGUUCAGGUUUAUAUAUAUAUAUAUAUAUAUAUAUAUAUAUAUAUAUAUUCCUUUUCAGAUUCUUUUCCAUUAUAGGUUAUUACAAGAUAUUGAAUAUAGUUCUCUAUGCUAUACAGUAGGACCUUACUGUUUAUCUAUUUUAUAUAUGGUAGUGUGUAUAUAUUAAUCCCAGACUCCUAAUUUAUCCCUCCCCGGUCCCCUUUCCCCUUUGGUAACCAUAAAUUUAUUUUCUGUGCCUGUGAGUCUAUUUCUGUUUUGUAAAUAAGUUUGUAUCAUUUUUUUAAGAUUCCACAUAUAAAUGAUAUCAUAUGAUAUUUGUCUUUGUCUGACUUAAUUCACUUAGUAUGAUAAUCUCUAGGUCCAUCCAUGUUGCUGCAGAUGGCAUUAUUUCAUUCUUUUUUAUGGCUGAGUAGUAUUCCCGUAUAUAUGUGUACACACACAUACAUACAUACAUACCAUUCAUCCGUUGAUGGACAUUAGGUUGCUUCCAUGUCUUGGCUAUUGUCAGUAGUGCUGCUAUGAACACUGGGGUGCAUGUAUCUUUUCAAAUUAGAGUUUUGGGCUUUUUCAGAUAUAUGCCCAGGAGUGGGCUUACUGGAUCAUAUGGAACUCUAUUUUUAGUUUUUUAGGGAACCUCCAUACUGUUCUCCAUAGUGACUGCACCAAUUUACAUUCCUACCAACAGUAUAGGAGGGUCCCCGCUUCUCCACACCCUCUCCAGCAUUUAUUAUUUGUAGACUUUUUGAUGAUGGCCAUUCUGACUGGUGUGAGAUGAUACCUUGUUGUAGUUUUGAUUUGCAUCUCUCGAUAAUUAGAGAUGUUGAGCGUCUUUUCAUGUGCCUGUUGACCAUCUGUAUGUCUUCUUUGGAGAAAUGUCUAUUUUGGUCUUCUGCCCAUUUUUGAUUGUGUCGUUUGUCUUUUUGAUUGAGUUGUAUAAGCUGUUUGUAUAUUUUGGAAAUUAAUCCCUUGUUGGUUGCAUCAUUUGCAAAUAUUUGAUCCAUGAGUCAUUUUAAAACAUUUUAAAAUAUUCAAACUUCCUUUAGUUCUCUUUUUGUUAAUGAUUUUUAACUGGAUUAUUUUCAGUCAGAGGAAAUAGUUUGAGCGAUACCUAUUCUUUGAAAUUUGAGAGUUGCUUUAUUUUUGUUAAUAUUUUUGAUAAUAUUUUGUUUAGGGUUCGUAUGUGGCUCAACCAGUUUCUUGUUUGUUCUGUAUAUGUUCAUUAGACGAACUUUGAUAAUUAUGUUGUUCAUUUUUUUAACAUAUGUACUAAUAAUUUUUCUUUAUUCAACUGUUGAUUACUGAGUGAGAUAUAUUAAAAAUUUCCCAUCGUAAUUGUGGAUUUUCUUUUUCUUCCUGUAGUUUUAUCUAUUUUUGCUGAAUAUAGUUUGAAGCUAUUUAAUAGGCACAUAUAAGUUAGAAUUUGUAUAUCUUCCUGGUAAGUGGAAUCAUUCACUACUGUGUAGUGGUUCUUUUCACCUUUACUAACGCUUUGGACUUUGAAGUUUCUACUUUGUCUCAUAUUAAUAUGCCUACACCAGUUCCUUUUUUCGUUGAUGUUUACCUAGUAUAACUUCACCAAAAAACAAAACAGGGGAAUUCUUCCCCCAGAUCUGUUCUCUUUGCCUACCUGUAUCUCAGCCUUUUCUGGUCACCUGUUGCUCAGUCUCCAAACCCAGGAAGAGUCCUCAAUUCUCCUUUCCCUCAUAUUCCACAUCCAAUCCAUGAGCAAGUCUCAUCAGCUUUACCUCCAAAAUGCAUCCUACACCCAACCUUUUCUUGCCAUCUCACCCAUCAUUCUCUCUUGGACCACUGCUGCAGCCUCCUAGCUAGUUUAUCAGAGUGAUAUUUUAAAAACAUAAAUUAGAUGACCUCAGUUCCUCUCUUCAGAACCUUCUGAUAGCUUCCUCUGACACUUGGAAUAAAAUCCAAGCCCCUUGCCAAGAUGGCAAGACCCUGCCUGCUCUGCCCACGCCCCUCCACCCUCACGUCCAGUCUGUCCGCCCUCUCCCGGCCUUGUCCACUGGGCUUUGGCUGUCCUGGCCUUGUUUUUGUCUGGACAGAUCAAGUCCCUUCCCAUUGCAAGGCUUUUGCUUUUGCGUUUCCUUCCCCCAGGCCUUCUCUUGGCUCCCUUCUCAGCAUCCCGGCCUCAGCUUCAGCACUGUCUUCCUGGCCUUUCCUGAGCCGCCUUCAGAGAGCAGUCACCCCCGCACUACCCUAUGACCACUGCAUUUACCAGCUCCUGGAUUUAUCUUGUUGAUGUGAUGGUCUCUCAUCCCUUCCCUCCAGAGUGUAAGUUCCCGAGGGCAGGACCUAUCUGUCAUGAGUUGCCGAUUGCCCAAGAAUAAUGCCCAGCACGCAGGUCCCUCCUUUGGACCUCAGUGUUCUCAGGAGGUCGUAGUCAUGGACCUGUGUGUUCCCCUCUGACAUCCGCAUAGCGCCUGGCACCGGGCCUGGUACACGGCAGGGGGUCCAUAAAUGCCUGAAUGAAUAAACGCGGGGAAAAUGGUUACUAGCACGACGACCCUGUGGGGGAGCCAUGACAGAUGGGGACACUGAGGCUUAGGGACAGUGACCUGCGUUAAGGUCCCAGAGCUAGUGAGGGGCAGAGCCAGGGUUCCCCCCCUUGUCUAUCAUUCCAGAGCCCAAGCUCUUGACUGGACUGUUCUCAUUCUGUCUCAGCCGAUGGCUGGCUGGCUGGACAGAUGGAUGGAUGGAUGAUCAGGUGGGAUGGAGGGACGAGUGAUCGCAUGUUCUCUAAGUUUUCUCACCCCCAAGAGGCUGAAUCCAUGACCCACACCCUCCUGUCUCCUCCCUCAGCUCUGCAACCCCCAAACGGUGGCGGAGAGUAAAAAUGUGUGCAGGAACCAAAGAGCUACAGUGUUCUCUGACGUGCCUGGAGAAACAAGACCUGUGCAAUAAGUUCAAGGGGCGUGUGCGAGCGGUUUCUCCCAGAGCCAGGUCACCCUGGGUGGAGUCCAAGUCCAUGGAUUACUUUUUUGAAGUCAAACCUAGAUGCCCUUGAACAGACUGUCAUUAGAAAUGGACAUUAAAGACUCUGCCAGUGAGAGCUCAGAAGCAAGCGAGGAGCAUCAUAGAGAAAAUCUAAAUCUCCUUCAAGAGUUCUUAAAUCAUCACGAACAGACUGUUAGUAGAAGUAUGGAUACUAAAAGCACUGCCUCACAGAAGGAAGUGAGGAAUAUGUUAUUGAAAAAUUCAGGAAGGGGGAAUGCCUCUUAUAUACUGGCAAAAAGAUUAGCAAAAUUGUGUCCUGUCGGUAUGUGGAAAGCAGAACUUGUAAAUGAUGAAUCUGGACAUUUAUCAAGGAGAUUUGAUAAAUGUUGUGUUGAAGGUUUGCCUGGUUUAUUCCUGGUAAUCAUAGCAAAAUGCAAGGAGGAGAGAGAGAAAUUGAGGAAAGAGCAUAAACGAAAAGGAACCAGGACUUGAAGAUUUGGGAAAUUCUUAACCUGUACAGAUGGCAAAAGAUACUAAAGAAAUUGCUUCCAAGAGUGUGACGUAGAGAAACAGCCAAGUGUGCGGCUGUGCGAUCAUCUCCUAAAACCUCAGAAAGGUCAAAGUGUUUAGUCCAGAAAAAGGCUCUUUGAAGAGAUUUAAGGGUCUGACACACAGUUCAGUUCCCCUCAGUCAAAUCAAAGGGCCUCUAGAAAGCUGAAGUGUUAUCCCUCAGCCAGCUCCGCUAAAGCCAAAAAUAGAGAAGGGCUUAUCUCAAAAAGAUUUGUGGAACUGACUUCUGUCUAAUGGAGCGGGUCCCCAUGACAUCCACAGGAGACCCAUAAAAUUCUUGAGAAUUUUAUAUCAGCAGAAACACUGCCAGCUUGAACGGAGAGGGACAGAGAGGACAAGAAAAGAAAGAAGGCUACUGGUCCCCCAAUUUCUACUGGAAGGAAGCAGACUGGUAAAACUACUUAGCUGCAAAUACCUGCUACCUUUCAUGAAAACGAAGGAUGAUUCAGAGGGUGGAACCAAGAGCCCAGAGAGCAGUGCUGAAAGCCAAGGAGAAGUAGUUCCCAAGCCUUAAAACCUAGUACAGUUUGUGUAGCUGGAUUUCAAAACAGCUUCAGCCCAGUGACUCCUUUUUACCUCCUAUUUCUCCCUGUUUGAACCAAAAUGUCUAUAACUAUUAUCCAGUGCCUAUCCCACCACCUUAUAUCGGGAGCAGAUAACUUGUACUUUAUUUUCACUGGUCCACAAAUGGACAGGAAUUGUGUCCCAGGAGUUGUACUGAAUGGAUUGUACCCAAAGUCUCACCUGAACCUGAUUUAGAUACUUUAGAUGAUGAGAUUUUAGAACUUGAGUUGAUGCUGUAAUGGGAUGAGACCCUGGGGUACCUUGGGAUGGGGAGAAUGUAUGUUGCAUUGGAGAGGGACAUGAUUUUCAAGGAGUCAGAGGGAGGACCAUGAUAGACAGAAUGACUCCCCCAAAGAUAUUCAUGCUCUAAUCCCUGAACUUCUGAAUAUGUUAGAUGUUACUAUUAAAUGGCAAAAGGGAUUUUAAUUAAGUUUAUGGGUGUUAAAGUAGUGAGAUUAUCUUGGAUUAUCCAAAUGGGCUCAAUCUAAUCCCAUGAACCCUUAAAAGCAGAGAACUUUCUCCAGCUGGAGGCAGAAGAGGUGUAGAAGAAGGGAAAAUCAGAGAGAGUUGAGGUGUGAGAAGGAUUCAACAUGGUGUUUCUGCUUUGAAGAUGAAGGGGCAACGUGAUUAGAAAUGCAGGUGGCAGGACUUCCCUGGCAGUCCAAUAAAGACUCUGUGCUUCAACUGCAGGGGGUUCGGGUUCAAUCCCUGGUCAGGGAACUAAGAUCCCACAUGCUGUGCAGCGCGGCCAAAAUUUAAAAAAAAAAAAAAAAAAAAAAAAUGCAGGUGCCCUCAGGAGCUGAGAGAGGGUCCCAGCUAACAACAGCAUAGAAAUAAACCUCAGCCUCACAACCACAAGGAACUGAAUUCUGCUGACAGCAUGAAUGAGCAUGGAAGUGAAUUCUCCCCCAAAAUUCCAGAUAAGAGCCAGGCCAGCUGACAUCUUGAUUUCCACCCAGAGUUGAGGACCCCAUCAAGCCCACCCAGACUCUGACCUACAGAACUGAGAGAUAAUAAAUCUGUGUUGAUUUAAGCCACUAAGUUCAUGGUCACAUGUUACGGCAGCAGCAAAAACUAAUACAAAUGCACAGGAUGCUGACAGACCAGUGACAUGUGAAGGGCACCCAAGUGGAAGGGAUGACAUGAGUAAAGGGAGGUUAACUGUUUCUGGGCUGGGUGAGGAACAGGCCUGCCUGGAGGCUGGGGGAUGGAUGCCCUGUGACCCCCAGAAGGUCCUGAUGGGUCCUGUUCUGUUUCUGCCAGUGGAGCCAGCCCCACCUGUCCUGGUAUUCACCCGGACAGACGAGAUCCUGAGUGUCAAUGCCACGUACCAGCUGCCCCACUGCAUGCCCCAACCAGAUCUGAGCUAUGAGGUGUAUUUCUGGAAAGAGGGGACCGGGAAUGAGGCCAGUUUUCCAGCCACUCCCCAUGGCCAGCCAGUCCAGAUUUCUCUCCAACCAGACACCAGCGGACACCACUGCCUCAGCGCCAGAACUAUAUACACCUUUGGCUCCCCUAAAUACAGCAAGUUCUCUGAGCCCACCUGCUUCUUCCUGGAGGCCCCAGGAUCCAACUGGGCACUCCUGGUACUGCUACCCCUUCUGCUGCCACUGCUGUUGGUCGUUGCCACGGGGCCUGUGAUCUGGAAGAGCUUCAGGGGGAACCCCUGGUUUCAUCAGGCAAAGAUGCCACAGGCCCUGGACCUCUCUGGACACAGACAUCCCGAGGCAACCUUUCAACCCAGUGGCCCAGAGUGCCUGCAUGUCUUGAUCCUCUGUCCCCAAAAGGAACGGACCAGAAGGGUCAGGCUGACCCCUAGAGUCAGGGCCCCAGCCACCGUCCAGGCAGGAUCAGAGGACAGUGCUGAGGAGGAGGAGGCCGACGAGGAGAGCUCGGACGAUGGUGUCAGCUUCCAGCCCUACACCGAACCACCCCCCUUCCUGGGGCAGGAACACCAGAGCCCGGGGCAGGCGGAGGCAGGAGGGCCUUGGACUCCUCUGGUCCGGGUCGAAGGCUCCUCUGCUUGCGAUUCUUCAGACAGAAGCUGGGCCAGCACUGCGGGCUCCUCCACCUGGGACGAGGCUGGAUCAUCUGGCUACUUGGCCAAGAAGAGGCCAGGCCGAGGACCGGGUGGGAAGGAGUUCCAGAAGCCUCUCCCGCCACCCGAAUUCUCCGAGGACUCGAGUUCCCUGGAAGAACCCCCAGAAGACAACCCGUCCUCCUGGGUCAGCUGGGGCUUGCCGUCCCCAGGGCUGAUUCUGGUUCCCAGGGAGCCCCCAGUUUCUCUUCAGACACUGACCUUCUGCUGGGACAGCAGCCCCAAGGAAGAAGAAGAGGGUGGGGGGGAAUCAGAAAGUGAGGACAGCAGUGACGGCAGCUGCGGGGCUAAGAGCCUCCAGAGGGUCGAGGUCAGGGGUAGGACGCUGGGGCACUACUUGGCCAGGUGAGCCGUCCCUCCCAGUGUGGUGCUACUGAGCUUUCUGGGGACCCAGCAUGCCACCAAGACUUGAAAUCCUGAGAGCAUCAUCGCUGGGGCAGCAGCGGGUUCUUACGGCACCUCGGGGAACCCGGCUAGAGGUGUCCGCCAGGUUGAGCAGUCAGAAGCCACCCCGUCCUAUGACCUGCGAGCUUUGGGCCGAGAGCCAAGAGGGGUGGAGACAGGGAUGGGCGGAGGUCAGAGGUUGGUUGGGUGUCAGACCACACCACUGUCCCUGGGGUGACAGGCCAGUUGGAAAAGUCAUCCCUGCACAACAUGAAACAGGCGAGGUCAGGUCACAGGGGACGUUGAAGGCUGACAGCACAAGGGCCCAUCUGGAUUUGGGGAGCGAAGAAAUCUGGAGGCACACCACGUGUAGCAGGACUCAACGCCUCUCUCCAAAACCCGCUGGGCUCCCUCCUCCCCGAGGCUCGACAUCCUGAUUUAUGAGUCCCCUAGGGUGGGCCCCAGUGAAGAAAAAUCCAGUUGGCUGAGGGUGUUGGAGAGGAAGAGGAAAGGCGUGUCCUUCAAAUCCCGGUCUCUGGGUCAGGCAUUGCACUGUUUCCAUUAUCAAAGAGGCCUGGGUCCAAAUCCCAGCUCUGCCAUUUCCCAGUUGUGUGGCCUUAGGGGAGAUACCUUCCUUCUCUGUACCCGAGUCUCCUUUCUACAGCUACCACCUGGGGCACGGUGAGGGUUCCGACAGAGGCGUGUGAUGCCUGCCACACCACUGGCACUCACCCCGUGGUGGCUGGUAGGAUUCUCCAUCCACCCAGGCUCUGAGGGGACCGCUGGGCAUCUCCCACCUGUGACCCUAAACUCAGAGUGACUGGAGUUCCCACCUUUAGUCUUUCUCCUGCCUCCUGCCCUCGCUGACCCCUGCCUCCUGGUCAGGAAACAGUUCUCAGAAGCUGGAGCCCAGCCAAAGGUCCCUCUCCCUUUUCCCAGCAAAGAAAAUACCAAAUGGCCCACCUUCUAGGGGGUCUGAUUAAUUGGUGGUGGGGUAGCAACCCAGCAAGGAGUUGGACCCCUGGGCCCGUGAUCCCCAACUUAGCACUUCAGACCCUUUAGGUGACCAUUGUGGUUGUAAAGACAUCCCAUUUCCUCUUCCAGUUUUGAGAAACCACUGUCUUCUGGAAACAGGUGACUGUCCUUACCUGAGGGUAGUGAUGGAUGUUCUCAAACGACCGCUUUAUUAACCUACACCCACCAGUAUAUGGACGAGCAGAGCUGAGUCUUCACCCGUUAGACCAAGGUUUUGUCAGUUUUGUGGCCCUGCAGGGACCACAGGAAUCCGAACAUCUUUGGCUCUGCCAUUUCACCUGCCAGGACUUAAGUUCCUCCAUUUGUGUAAAAAGCAUCUUCAUAAGCAUUUUAUCCACGGGGCUGUGUUUUGAAGGCAACGCAAGGGUGGAACAUUAAUGGAAGAUCUGGAAAAGCUUCUCGAAGGCAUCUGGUCCAGGGGUUCUCAAACUGUGUUCCCAAAAGGCCUUGGGCUUCACAGGAGGCGUCUCAAUCGCAGGGGGAGCCGUGGGCUGUAGGAUCCCCGCAGCGCAACCAGAGCAGCCUCCCUGGGCCCUGAUUUUCUCCGGUGGCCCUCUACGUAAGAUUGUGCUUAGGAGUUUCAACUGCUAAAGAAAACGUUAGCAAACCCCUUUUUAAAUUGAACACCUGUCUUUUGUUUCAAACGAGGAAGCUAAAAUGUUGACUUACUGUGUACGUCUCUGAGGGUGAGACUGUCGGUCUCUGGCCAGCUGGGCCAAGCCCCGUCCCCUUGGCCAUGGAAACAGUACUGAGGUCUCGGCAAGGGUUUCCAAGGGGCACGAGGCUGGCAGGAGGCCUUCACCACUGCUGGGACUCACACACAUACAUGCAUUUCUGCAGGGGUUUCCCUGCAAUGAGGCUUGUCUACGUCCAUGAUUGAGCACAGAAGAGGAAGAACAAACUGGAACCAUGGAGCUGGGGAAGGCUGUGGCUCACGGCCAGUUCCUAGGAGAAUACCCAGACCAAGCCCAGUGUCCUUUCUGGAACCAGCCGAGCUGCUUCGUGGAAGUAAAUUCCAAAUAACUAAAAGCUAUCCUCACUAUUGUCUUAGGCUUGUGUGAAGGAACCGCUUUCUCUCUGUCCUGAAACCUUGUGUGUUUUUUAAGCAUUUUUUUAAAGUUUAAUUUCUGACAGACGCUGAGCUUUCUAUUAAUUCUAAACUCCAGCUCCUUUAUGGUCAUUAAGUCAUAAACAAAAAACUGGGCAGCUUUAGGAAAGAGCAUGCUAUUCAAUAUUAUCAUUUGUCAGGUGUGCUCAGCACUGAACUGUUUACAAAGCCCUUUCAUGUCCCCAGCAGGCAGGAACUGCAUAGUGGAAACUCCAGGGCCACGCAUGAAAGAUGUCAGGGGCAGAGCGGGUGAUGCCUGGGUGAAAGCAACAUUCCCAUUCUUUAGGGUAGUGAGGAGAUUAUAUAUUGUUCUAAGAUAUUUGUAGUUAUUUCUAAUUUUAUUUUAUGUUUAUGUCAUAUUUAGAUAAUUUCCUAAUGUUUGUUGGGGCCUACCCUAAACUGUUUUAAAUAAAGAGCUCUAUUUUUAGAGAAAAGGGCAAAAUUGAAUGGAAAA